GAGAACAGAGGUCGUGCGCGUUUCUCUCCUCCUGCAACAGAAAGCAGGCUCUGACUCUCAGCAGCCUCCGGGGUUUUCCCCUUCUACCAAGGAUAUGGAGUCUAAAAGAGUCGCUGGGAUUAUUCCUCGGGUUGCCCGGCUUCUUCUCCUUCUUGGCUUGUUCGGGACAACCGCAGAAGAAGAGUGUGACAGCCCUUUGGUGUCCAACCUGCUGCCUUCAUCCUUCAGGAGCUCCUCCCAGCUGUCCAGCAGCCACGCACCGGGAUUCGCUAAACUCAACCGGAGAGACGGAGCUGGAGGCUGGUCCCCCCUCACCUCAGACCGGCAUCAGUGGCUGGAGGUGAACCUGGGCGAGCGGACCAAGAUUACAGCUGUCGCCACACAGGGCCGCUACGGCAGCUCUGAUUGGCUGACGUCUUACCAGCUGAUGUUCAGCGACACGGGACACAACUGGAAGCAGUACAGACAGGAGGACAGCAUAGGGUCUUUUCCAGGUAACUCUAAUGCAGACAGCGUGGUUCAGUACAAACUGCAGCAGCCGGUCGUGGCCCGCUUCCUGCGCCUCAUUCCUCUGGACUGGAAUCCCAACGGGCGGAUCGGACUGCGCCUGGAGACCUACGGAUGUCCGUACACCUCUGAUGUGGUGACUUUGGAUGGCAGCAGCAGUUUGGUGUACAGACUAAAUCCUGGGUCAAGGCGGGCUCAGAGAGAUGUCAUCGCAUUGAAGCUCAAAACCUUGAGAAACUCCGGGAUGCUGCUGCAGGCAGAGGGGAGGGAAGGACUCGGCCUCCGUCUGGAGUUAGACAGAGGAAAGCUGCUGCUGCUGUUUAGACAAGGUAGGACUUUAUCUGCUGAACCUCAACGUCUUGCAGCUCUUGGAAGCCUUUUGGAUGAUCAGCAUUGGCACCAUGUGGCAGUGGAGCUACACGGCCUUCACCUCAACCUCACAGUGGAUAAACACACACUGAGGGUUAAAAUCCCACCACAGUUCCACCACCUCGACAUACAAGAGCUGAGCGUGGGGGCAGUUCAGGCUCUCGGGUCUCACAAGCCAUUUCACUCCAAGAGGAACUUCCAUGGCUGCCUGGAAAACUUGCUGUUCAACGGUCUCAACCUGAUCGAACUCGCUAAAGUCAAGGACCACAAAGUUUCUCUAGUGGGCAAUGUGACCUUUUCCUGUGCUGAGCCAGUUCCUGUUGCCGUGACGUUUCCCGGCCUCCAGAGCUUCCUCCAGUUGCCAUGGACAACGCCAUUGUCUUCGGGGAGCAUGUCGAUUGGGUUUCAGUUUCGGACCUGGAACAAGGCGGGGCUUCUGCUCACCUUUGAGCUCCCUCAACAGGGAGGUGUGGCCUGGUUAUUUCUGAGCGAGGCGAAACUCCGCCUCCAGAUCCAGAAAGGAGGACGGGUUCUGCUGGAGCUCAGUGCAGGUUCUGCACUCAGUGACGGCCAGUGGCAUUCAGUGGCACUGACCUCCGGUCGAAGUCAUCUGAGUGUCUGUGUGGAUAAAGAUGAAGGCGGCAGCGCUCAGGCCAGCCUGUCAUUUCCUGUCGCAGUAGAAAGUCACGUCUUCUUCGGUGGUUGUCCUGCUGGAGAUGCUCCAGGAUGUAGAAAUCACUUCACUUCCUUCCAGGGCUGCAUGCGUUUACUCAGUCUGGACGGCAGCAUUAUGGACCUGAUCGCGGUGCAACAGCUGGGAAAUUACAGCAACCUGCAGAUUGACAUGUGUGGAAUAAUUGACAGGUGCUCUCUGAGUCGCUGUGAACAUGGCGGCUACUGCAGUCAGACCUGGACCGUUUUCCACUGCAACUGCUCCGACAGCGGCUACAGCGGCGCCACCUGCCACAGCUCUGUGUAUGAGCAGUCCUGUGAAGCGUACAAACACAGCGGCAACACGUCGGGAUAUUUUUACAUUGACGUGGACGGCAGCGGACCCAUCAAACCACAGCUGGUCUACUGCAACAUGACAGAAAGCGACACAUGGAUGAUUAUCCAGCACAACAACACUGAGCUGACCAGACUGCGACCGGUUUCUGGUGUGGACCAACAAUCGCUCCACUUCAGCUACUCAUCUGAAGAGGAGCAGCUUUUAGGCUCCAUCGGCCAAUCAGAGCACUGUGAACAGGAACUAUCCUACCACUGCAGGAAGUCCCGCCUUCUCAACACCCCAGAGGGUUCUCCGUUCAGCUGGUGGCUCGGCGGCCGCGCCCCCGGCCGUGAGCAGACGUACUGGGGAGGAGCUCAUCCAGGCAGCCAGCAGUGUGGCUGCGGCCUGCGGGGCGACUGCGUGGAUCCACAACACUACUGCAACUGUGACGCGGACAGAUUGGAGUGGACUGAGGACUCAGGCCUGGUUACCCAUAAGGAAAGCCUCCCAGUCAGAUCUCUGGUAUUGGGUGACCUCCAGAGGCCGGGGUCAGAGGCAGCGUACAGCGUGGGACCACUCCGUUGCUACGGAGACAAGAACUUCUGGAACGCUGCAUUUUUUGACAAGGAGACAUCGUACCUCCACUUCCCCACCUUCCACGGUGAGCUGAGCGCAGACAUCUCCUUCUUUUUUAAGACCACUUCUUCCUCUGGAGUAUUCCUGGAAAAUCUUGGCAUUAAGGACUUCAUCCGGAUCGAACUAAGCACGUCUGCUCGGGUGGUUUUCUCCUUCGAUGUUGGUAACGGCCCACUGGAAGUUAAAGUCGAGUCGACGGUCCCGUUGAAUGACAACCGAUGGCAUCGAGUCCGAGCCGAGCGAAACAUCAAGGAGGCGUCGCUGCGACUGGACGACCUGCCUGUGGCGACGCAGGAGGCGCCGGCUGACGGACACGUCCACCUGCAGCUCAACAGCCAGCUGUUCAUUGGAGGCACGGCGUCCAGGCAGAGGGGUUUCAGAGGCUGCAUCCGCGCUCUGCAGCUGAACGGUGUUACUCUGGACCUGGAGGAAAGGGCAGAGAUGACGCCGGGCGUUCGGCCCGGCUGCCCGGGUCACUGCAGCAGCUACGGCUCGUUGUGCCAGAACCAGGGCCGCUGUGUGGAGAGAGCUGCUGGGUUCCACUGCGACUGCAGCCUGUCGGCUUACACUGGAGUCUUCUGCCAGACUGAGCUGUCAGCCGGUUUCAAACCUGGAACGUCGGUCAGAUACACCUUCAAGGAGCCGUAUGAGUUGACUAGAAACAGCAGCGCUCUGCCGUCCUCCAUCUACUCCGACACAACGCUGAGAGGAGAAAAUGUCUCCAUGAGUUUCAGGACGGCUCAGAGUCCGGCUCUGCUGCUUUACGUUGGCUCUUACUACAGAGAGUACAUGGCCGUGCUCAUCAACAAGCACGAUAAGCUGGAGGUGAGAUACAAGCUGGAGGGCAACCGAGACGCUGAAGUGUUGAGGAGCAGCAGCGCGAGGAACCUGGCCAAUGGACAGCUGCACAGCGUUACCAUCAGGAGACUGACACACACGGUGUCUGUGCAGGUUGACCAAAAUGCCAGAGAAGACUUCAACCUCACGUCUGACGGAGAGUUUAAUGCCAUCAAGUCGCUGGUGUUGGGCAAAGUGCAUGAGUCUGGUGAUUUGGACUCUCAUCUGGCACGGCUAGCGUCUCUGGGUUUCACCGGCUGCCUGUCAGUAGUUCAGUUCAACUCCAUCAAUCCUCUGAAAGCUGCUCUGCUCCACCCAGACACCAGCCCCAUCAUCAUCACCGGACCUUUGGUUCGGUCCAACUGUGGCUCUGCAGCCUCAGCCAAUCCCUAUGCAGCUGAAAACAUUCACCAUAUAUCAGACCGGUCCGGCUCAGUGGGCUCAGGUCAACCUUUAGUCAAUGCCAUCAGGACCGACUCGGCUCUGAUUGGAGGUAUCAUAGCGAUCGUCAUCUUCGUGGUUCUGACCGGUUUGGCCGUCGCCGCGCGGUACCUCUACCGGAGGAAGGACACGUAUCGAAACCAGGAGGGGAACGCAGUCAAACAGGAAGACAGUCCAGAUUUCCCUUUCAACAACCAGACUGACUCCCAGAACCUGUCUUCUGAAAACCCAAAGGAGUAUUUUAUCUAACAGGAGUUCUGCCGAACCGAACCGAUACGUUGCCAUUGUUUUACAGGGUCGAAGGUGAAGAAGACGACUUGAAGACCCUCUGGACUCGUCGGUCGACUGAAGAGCCUCCUGGACUCUUUGUUACCAAAAGUGGCUCAACUUCAAGGCGAAGGCAAAAGCAAACAGUUUGGUGUUGUGUUUCUGUUGCUUUACUGUAAAAUUGUGGAUAUUCUGAUAAAAACAGGCAACAGUGUUUGACUUCAAGGUGGUAAUAUGCAUUUUUACAGAAACUGAAAUGUGGGAUUUGUGUCUUGGCCACAAGUUUCGUCUGCUUUCACUUUGUUACUUUUUCAGUGUUGAAGUUGUCAAUCUUUUAUUGAAGUACUAGGGAGAAAAUGUGAAGUGCUGCCCCCUUGUGGCAACAUGUAAAGACGAUUUCCAGAUUCAUGUUUUUGGGUUUAAAGGGAGUUCACAAAAUAUUCAUUAAUGUUUUACUUUUCUCCAAUUUUCAGGUGCAUAUUUUAAUUCCCUUAAUGCAUAUUUUGGUUUUUUUAUACCAGCUGCCAAAUUUAUUCCACAAGUUAUGCCAGGGGUGUCCAAACUUUUUGUCACAUGGGCCAAGUAAAAAAAAUUAGCAGGGAAAAAAACCUAUAAUUUUUAUCGUUUUAUCUUAUGUAUUUUACUGCUCAACAAUAAACUUACAAUAAUUUUAAUUAAAUAAAUAAGUCGUUUUUUUGUAGGAAAUAUAAGUUUAAAUCUUUGUAAAUCCAACAUUUAAAAAGGGUUUUACGUUUUAUGGCAUCCAGUUUGAAAAUUCUUUGGGCUUGGAUAAAAAAAAGAUAAAUAUUAAACCUAUUAUCUGCAACAAGAACAGGAUUUUAUUUAAAAAUGUUUUCUAUAUUAAGCCAAGUUUAAUCAAUUAAUUAAAAGCAAAUCUGGGUUAUCUAAAGUCUACAAAGAAGCAAAUCUGGUUUCAUUAACAGAGUCAGAGAAAUCAAAAAGUGUUUUUAUUAAAUACAUACUUUGUGUUUUAUGUAAGAUUUUCCAUUGAAACAUUUUAAUUUGCUAGAAGUUAAAGAUUAAAAAAAAAGUCUCCAUCUGCAUCAACCACGUUUGCUGGCCGGGCCACAAAGAAUCAAUUCAAGGGUCACAAAUGGCCCCCGAGCCGCACUUUGGACACCCCUGACUUAAGCACACAUUCUGUAGAAUAUAAAUUUUGUAUUGUUUUAAAAAACAUCGUACCAAAACACAAUGUAAAAAGGUUAUUAUGGACUUUGUGAAGCGUUAGGCUUAUCUUAGUUGCCUUAGCAACUCCAUUCCAUCUUCUUUUUUUUUGGACAAACUGAGACAAAAAUGCUUCUGAUCUUUGAGAUAUUGUCCUUAAGAGACUGUGGAGACAAAACACAACUCUGAGUCUUUUGAUGUGUAAUUAACAUUUGUAACCACAGAUCUGGUUCAGUUGAUGCAGCAAGCAUUGGUUAAACUGCUUAGUAAAAACAGAAACAAGUGUUUUGCAAGAAGAUGGAUCGCAGUAUGUCACAUGAAGUUAAAAUAGGUUGAGAAUUUCAAAUAAUGCAAAAGUAUCAGUAACUGACAUCUUUAUGGUUGUUUUCGCAAAGGCGAAAUGAAUUUCUGCAUUUUGUGUUGGGAUCCGUUUUGCAUCUUGUUAAAGCCCAUGAAGAAUGACAGUUUCAGAAGUUAUAUGGGGAAAAGGUUUCAUUAAAAGUGACCAAAUUCGCUAUUAUGUACAUUGCAUCUAAUGGUCAGUCAUGACUUAGUACGUCAUUUCCAGGCUCAGACAUUUUAAGAUUUAGCUCGAAGCUAAUGAGGAAAAGUCUCAUCAGCCUCGAGCUAAUGAUCCUAAAACACUUUGCUAAAGGUUCCAUUGAAACUCUGUGCCUGGAGCAGCAAAACUAAUCUGGUGAGUGUGAAGGACGCCUGUUUUUGCACUGCAGACGGGGAAGAAGUCUCCUAAUACAUUCCAAUGUUUGAAAAUCUUUUUGUAAAACUGGGCAGUUUCCCCUGAGCCUGGAUGUCUGAAGCAUGAGGUAUCUUUUGAAAACUAGCAAUGGACCAAGGGGUAUAGUCAAAGGCUUUGAUUAUUUUUACAUUUACUUUUCAUUUCUGGUUGUAGAGGAAAAAAAGAAAGAAAUAUUGAAAAGCAUAAACGAUAAUAAGUGAGAGCUUAGAAUGAUGUUAUGUUUAGAAACCGAAAGGUUAAUUUAUGCAAUGAGGAAGAGAAAGGAUACAUUUUCUUCAAGAGCAGUAGUUAGGAGACAUAGCAAACCUACACCCUUUGAAGGGACUUAAGAGCACAUUGUUGAGCCAAGUCAUCCUUUAAAUCACCAUUUUGAUAAAUGACUGCAUGUGACAAAGCUGAUUUGAAACACUGAAAGUCUGGCAGAAUUCAAACCAAAACCAUUUCUGCUCCUGUUCUGACCAGCAUUUUCUUUAUUAUUAUUAUUAUUAUUAUUAUUAUUAUUAUUAUUAUUAUUAUUAUUAUUAUUAUUAUUAUUAUUAUUAUUAUUAUUAUUAUUAUUUUACCUGUAUUUAUACAAGUUGUCUCUGUGAGAUCCGAGAUCACAUUUACAACAGAGACUGUUUGAUAAAACAGACAAAAUCACAAACAUGACAAGCAAUUUAGAAAUCUGCUUGUUAUGUUGACGACCAGGCCCAUUUUACUGCUGUUUCUUAAUAUCCUAAGUCCAUCUCUCCCACCCCGAUUCUGAAGUAUGAGGUUGUUCACUUCUCUAAAAACAGUAACUGCUUGCAGGGAACUUUCCUUCCUCGAUUUCUUAAUGCAUUUCAGCUGUGAGGUUUCUGAGUAGCAGCAGCAGCAGCGCACUCUUAACGCCGUCGCCUCAUUUGCUUCACACAGAGACCAUUUUUAGACACCAGUCUGCUUUGAUUCUGUUCCUGUCUGACUCGUCUCCUCUCACAGUUUGGCGCUUUGUCCACAUCUACCUGCACAUCAGACAUUUUCCAAGCAGACAUCCUUCUAAUCAAAAUGAAUUUUCUCAAGUGCAGCUCAUGUGUAAACAAUGCAAAAGAUGAGAAGUGUGUCAAUUAUCGGAGUUUGUAACACUAUCUCCAUCCUUAACUCUGAAGUGAAUUUAAUAACAAGUUGAUAAAGUUCAGGUUGGUUCAGUGUCUUUCUUUUGAUCAGCUUUGUAGAUAAGACUGAGUGAAACUGGACAAAUGUCUGUCAAUGCAGCUGAGAAGCAAAUGUUUACACACUUAUGACAUGGGUCAUAAUGAAGUGAACCAAGUUAACUUUUGUUUUUGUGCCUCCUGAUUAAAAAAUGGCCUCAAAGUAAAACAUUUUGGGGGAGCAUGUGUGGGUUUGAUUUUUCUUUCAACA